GAUAUCUCACUGGCGCGAAAAACGCACUGUGUGGCUUUCUAUAACACAUUGUGGGGCGGAUCUUGUGUGUGUUGUUUGAGCCCCGGCUUUUUUUUCCUUUUACUCAAGACUAAAACAAAAAAGUUUGGACUGUAUCGCAGCAGCGCGUAUUUGUAUCCAGCAACAACUCGGUCAGCUUUUAUCCGGUUGAUCCCGGUGAACCGUGGACUCUUUGCUCUUUGGCUGCCGGGGGAUUUUCAAUGCCCUGAAUUUCACUGUGGGAUUUUAUUUUCCGGAGAGCCGGUUGUACAGGACGUUCUUCAGAGGCCACUGGUGUCAUUUGAUCAUUUCUGGGAAUAAACUCUGGAGGAUUUAUUAACUGGGAACAUGGAGUUCGACUGUUACCAGCACUAUUUCCUCGAUGAUUUCGACAGAGAGGAGGAUUUUUACAAGUCGACCGCACCGAGUGAGGACAUAUGGAAAAAGUUCGAGCUGCUGCCUACCCCUCCCAUGUCUCCCACCCGGACUCUGAGCGGUGGUGCCCUGCACCUCUCCCCGGGAGACAAGCUCAACUGGCUGUCCAAGGUCCUGGGGCAGGACGAGGAGUGCGAGGGUCAGUUCAUCCCGGACACGGAGGAGCUUUUCGGCAACCUCAGCUCCAUCAUCAUCCAGGACUGCAUGUGGAGUAGUUUCUCUGCCAGCAAGCAGCUGGAGAAGGUCAACGGGAGAGUGUCGGCUGCGGCACAGACCGGUGUCUCCCCGGUGGCUCAGAUCUCCGUGAGACCGAGCAAAGCGCAGUGCGUCUCUCCCAGUGGCCCGCACGCCGCCUCGGCGACAGACUGCGUCGACCCCGCGGCUGUUCUCACCUUCCCGGCAAGCAGCUGCAGAAAGCCGGCGUCGUCUGGCUCCGAGUCUCGCUCUGAUUCCUCUGAUGAUGACGAGGAGAUCGACGUGGUCACCGUGGAGAGCAAGCAGAACCGGGUGCGGCUGGUGAACGUCAGAAAACCAGUGACCAUCACGGUCCGGGCCGACCCCUGCCCCAAACGCUUCCACAUGUCCGUCCACCGGCAGCAGCACAACUACGCCGCCCGCUCCCCAGACAGUGAACCAGAACCCGAGGAGGAGGAGGAGGAUGAAGAUGAGGAGUAUGAAGAAGAGCCCCAAAGCAAGCGUUCCUGCACCGGAUCCAGUCAUCAGUCAGGGUCUUCUACUGGUGCCUCCCCGCCCGGCUCCCCCUCAGAUAGUCCCCAGAACUCAGACGCAGAGGACACUGACCGCAGGCGGAACCACAACUUCCUCGAGAGGAAGAGGAGGAACGAUCUUCGGUCCCGUUUCCUCGCCCUGCGGGAUCAGAUUCCCGGUUUGGAGUCGGCAAAGACUCCGAAGGUGGCCAUCCUGACCCAGGCAACAGAGUACCUGGCGGACCUGCACACAAGGGAGAAACGGCAGCUCCAGGAGAAGAAGCGCCUCAAAUCCCGACAGCAGCAGCUCCUCCGCAGACUCUCUGAACUGAAGCGCUCUUGAGACGCAUACAAACUGUGCUUUUUACAUAAACUGCCUCAUUAUUUCCAGUCAGGAACUUUACUCUCAAGUUACCUGUCACUUUUGGAAUGCUCCAGUUUUUAUAUAACAAACAUGCCUCAUGUAAAUAGCUGUGAAUAUUGUUUUGGAAUACAUUCAUAUAGCUGUGGGCUUCCUAUGAAUUGAGUGUGCUGGCCAAUGAACCUGAUAUGAAGAGGAGGAGCAGUUAGUGUGCCGUGUUUUAUCUUUUAUCUGGACAGUGUGUUAGUUGGGAGCAGGGGUGAUGGAUUUUUACAGCUAUGACUAAGACAUUUCCUGGUAUGCUGUGAUGGGAAAUAAGAACUUUGUUAAUAGUUUAUCAGUGUGAUGAUAGUGAGUAUAUGCAGCCUUCAGGAUGUGUGUUUGAGAUGUCUUCAUUUCAUCAUUGCACACUUAAAAAUGGAGUGAAGUGUGAAUGCCUUUCUGUAUGUGUGUGUGUGAAUGAAUGAACAAAUGAGUCAGUUCUGGUUUGUUUGGUUUACAUGACUGAGUGUUUGAUGUACAAAGUGUUCUGUAAAUAAUAGCUUAUUGCUCCCGGUGAAGGAGACAAAAUCAAGAGUCGUCAACGAGCUUUGCUCCUCUUUAUGACGUGCCAUCAGGCAUCGAGGAACCUCUAUUUUGUUAAGAAAAUAGGAAAAAUGGGCAAAAAAAAGAGUAAGUAGCACUGCUGUACUUUAUAUUCACACGUCACUUUGUGAUUUCAAUGCUUCUCCUGAUUUUAGUUGAUUUUUAAAGCAUGCUAACAUCGACAGCAACAUUAAAUUUUUAUACAAUAUUUGCAUACAAA